AUGGAAACCAAUAAAGAAAUGUCGGAGGAAUUUAUAAAAGUCGUAAAUUUCAAUGGCGUGAUUUACCAUGUAAUCAAUUCUGGUGAAAAUUCAGACUUAAUAAUUUACGUAUCAAACGUUACUAGUGAUGACUCUGUCGUUUCAAGAGAAAGCGAAAAAGGAGCAAGUCCAAAUUCAGUCGACUUCGAAAAAUUCGCCAUCGAUAGUUAU